UUUAUUCUUUAAUUUUCGUUAAUUCGUUUUUAUUAAAAUAUUUUAAGAUAAGCUAAAUCCACAAAAUUAAUCGGUUUUGACUUUAUCGUUAAAAUGAAUAUAACCGGAGAACAAUAUAUUCGUACAUUGGCUCAAUAUAUUCGUUCCAAUGAAAGGAGGUUAACGGCAACUAGUUCACCUCCACCUACCUCGGUAGGUCAUUUAUCUGGUCAUAGAAGGUCUGAUAGCGGAGGAAAUAGUUUUUCAAUGUCGAACUUGUGGUCUUUUUCUACUGCACUAACAAGUCUGAAGCCAACAAUUUCAACAGCAUCUACAACCCCGACUUCACCUCCGAGUUCAGUAAUUAAUCCAAAUAAAAUUCUGGUAACUCUUGAUCCUCAUCAUUUGUAUUAUUUAUUGGCGAAGUUUAGUGAUUUAGGGCUUGAUAUUGGAGUUUUCGAAGCUAUUGCUGAUUUCAAGCAAGGUGAUGGUGAUAUUCUUGAUAUUGAUAUUAAAGAUCUUGAAACUUCAUCAAUUACAUCCGCGAAUUCUAUUAGUUCUAUGUCUUCCGCAAUGUCCUCCCUUUCAUUAUUUUCGGGUUGGCAAGGAUGGUAUUCUGCCGCUUUAAAAAAUGAGACUGUUCCAAUAAAUAUGGAGAUACAAUACAUUUAUCGUUCAUUCACAAAGCUUACUGGUCUAAGGCUUGCAAUUCUUACUCAAAAAAGAAUAGACGGUUUCGAAAAUUGGCCAAUGGGUGCAAUGUUAUCAUUGACCUUUCUUAAGCAUUUGACACAUUUGGAAAUUCAUGGGUUAUCACCAAAGAUGUUUGAUGGAUGGGAUAUUUUACAAGAGAAAUUAGAAUAUUUAUCUUUACAGCAGGGUUCAAUCGAUGAUAUUUAUGAAUUAUUUGUUGACGUAGUGGUUGAUAGUAUGAAAAAACGAAAAUCAAAAGACAAUGUAACCAACGAUCAAGUUACUGAAGAACCUCAAGAUUUGGUUGAACAACGAAAAUCUGGUGGUUAUUUACCGGAUAGUAUUUUACCACAUAGAAUUUGGUCAAAUCUUAAACAAGUUGAUCUUUCCGAUAAUUCACUUACUUUUGUUGCUAAUGAACCAUUAGCGUACAUUAAUAAAGUCAAUAAUUUAGAUUUAUCACAAAAUUUACUUCUUGCCAUUCCUUCCGGUUUAUCUCAACUUUAUAACUUACAAAAUUUAAAUCUUAGUAAUAAUAUGAUCGAAUCUGUAACAGGAAUCUAUACAACACUUGGUAAUAUUACCAGAUUGGAUUUAAGGAAUAACCGUAUUGAGAAUUUGUGUGGUCUUGAACGAUUAUGGUCGUUAGAAUAUAUAGAUAUUAGGGAAAAUAGAUUAACGGAUUGGGCUGAAAUUGGCCGUAUGACAGAGCUUCAAGAAAUAAGACAGAUUUACGUUGAAGGAAAUCCUUUUGUGAAACUUCAGCCUAAUUAUCGAGUGAGCAUAUUUUCUGUUUAUCGUGAAAAUAAUAAGGAUAUUAUCUUGGAUGGUUCGGGUCCUAGUUUUAGUGAACGUCGCCAAAUUGGGUCUCCAAAAGCUUCACCUUCAAAUCAAAAAAUUCCUGUAGCUAUCUUAAGUAGUGAUUCUCUCUUACCUAACCCUGUAAUAUCAUCAAACGACCAAACAACAAUAGUUCCAAUAUUAAAAACAAAAAAGAGUCGCAAAUUUCACAAAAGAGUUGUUAAUUUGGACGGAGGAAACAGUGACUCAGAUAUUGGAUCCGACGUAGCAAGUGUUAAAUCAAAAUCUAGUAAAGACAAAAAGAAGAAGAAAGACAAAAAAUCAGCCAAAAAUGAACCUAUCCCGAUCAAACAUCGUCUUGUUGAAGUUGAAAAAGCAGUCGCUGCUGAAAAUGACGCAAAUUCACGCCUUCGCAAAAAGAAGCCGGACGCAAAUGAAUCAGAAUUUUCACCAAAACUUAGACCAUCCACACCUUUAUCUCCUUCCGUUGAUGAGAUGGUUUUGUCACCAGGGGAAGAUUAUAGACGCAAGAUAGAAGAAUUGCGAAAUGAAGGUGGUUCAGCCUGGUUAAGGGUAUUAAGUGAAAUGGAAUACUCCAAAGGUGGUACAGAUAGGUUAAGAGAACCUCCGAAAAUGAAAGCAAUAGUAGAUCAAGUUAUAAAUAAUAGUUAAAGCUAAAUCCCUACAAAGAAUAGAGAAUCAAAUUUUAGGAAGCUUUCCUUAUUUAUUAUUUUGGAUAUGAUGUAUUUGUAUUUUAGUUAUGAUUCAUAUUUGAUUUUGUUAACCAUAAUUUUUAUUGAUCAUUAUUUUUUAUUAACAUACAAUAUAUUUUCAAUUCAAUUAUUUUUUUUUUUAUC